GAAACAAUAACAGAGUCCACUCCGUUACGCUGCAGGAAGCUCAGCAAUCCUGACAUCUUUUCAUCUACUGGGAAAACUAAGCUCCAUCGUCAGCUGAGUCAAGAUGACUGCAAGCUCCGCAGAGGUAGUUUGGCAAGUUCUUUGUCAGGAAAGCAGCUGCUUCCCUUAUCGAACAGUGUCCACAGUGGAGUGGGACAGACAAUCUGGCAGCCACCUGGAGACACCUCAAACCUGGUCCGCAUGAGAAACCAGUCUCUGGGACAGUCUGCUCCUUCGCUUACUGCUGGUUUGAAGGAGCUCAGUCUCCCCAGAAGAGGAAGCUUAAUCUCCUCUCCUUUGUACUCCCACUGCCGAGGAAGUGAUGUUCAUCAGCACACGUUCUCUCCUACGUCUGCUCCAGGUCUGCAGCACCUUAAAUUCCCAUUUAGUGCUGACUGUGCACUUGUCACUUCUCCUCUUGUAUUUUACCUGAACUCACAAGCCCAGAGCAAUCCGUCUAGCCCAUGCUACAGCCAUCCAUUUCAGUGGAGCUGUCGGACAAGCAACAGAAAGAGCUUGAUUGUAACAUCCAGCACAUCCCCGACUCUCCCGCGGCCUCAUUCCCCUCUCCACGGACAUGCAGGUGGCAGCCCUUUGGACAGCCCUAGAAACUUCUCACCAAAUGCACCUGCUCAUUUUUCCUUUGUUCCUGCCCGAAGAACGGAUGGACGCCGCUGGUCCUUGGCCUCCCUUCCCUCAUCGGGAUAUGGAACAAACACUCCCAGUUCAACAGUUUCAUCAUCAUGCUCAUCUCAGGAGAAGCUGCACCAGCUGCCCUUUCAGCCCACGGCAGAUGAACUUCAUUUCCUGACCAAGCAUUUCAGUACUGAGAGCAUCACUGAUGAGGAAGGGCGUCACUCUCCAGCCCUGCGGCCUCGAUCGCGCAGUCUCAGCCCUGGUCGCUCCCCAAUUUCCUUUGACAGUGAAAUAAUAAUGAUGAACCAUGUGUACAAAGAAAGGUUUCCAAAGGCCACAGCACAGAUGGAAGAGCGGCUGGCAGAGUUUAUUGCAUCCAAUGCUCCAGAGAACGUGCUGCAAUUAGCAGAUGGGGUCCUAAGUUUCAUCCACCAUCAAGUUAUUGAACUGGCCAGAGACUGCCUAGAUAAAUCACGUGAAGGUCUCAUUACUUCUCGGUACUUCUAUGAGCUGCAGGAAAACUUGGAGAAACUUCUCCAGGAUGCCCACGAGCGAUCCGAGAGCUCCGAGGUUGCCUUUGUUACCCAACUGGUGAAGAAGCUGAUGAUCAUCAUUGCCCGACCAGCUCGGCUGCUGGAGUGCCUGGAGUUUGAUCCUGAAGAGUUCUACCACUUGUUAGAAGCAGCAGAAGGCCAUGCCAAGGAAGGACAAGGAAUUAAGUGUGACAUUCCUCGUUACAUUAUCAGCCAGCUGGGACUCACCAGGGAUCCCCUGGAGGAAAUGGCCCAGCUGAAUAGCUAUGACAGCCCAGACACUCCUGAGACAGAUGAUUCUGUCGAGAGCCGUGGAGCCUCCGUCCAGUCAAAGAAAACUCCAUCUGAAGAAGAGUUUGAAACUAUUAAACUGAUCAGUAAUGGUGCUUAUGGAGCGGUGUAUUUGGUGCGCCACAAGACCACCCGUCAACGUUUUGCCAUGAAGAAGAUCAACAAACAGAACCUAAUUUUGAGAAACCAGAUCCAGCAGGCUUUUGUUGAGAGAGAUAUCUUGACGUUUGCUGAGAACCCCUUUGUAGUCAGCAUGUUCUGCUCCUUUGAGACCAAGCGCCAUCUGUGCAUGGUUAUGGAGUAUGUGGAAGGAGGUGACUGUGCGACACUUCUCAAGAACAUCGGUGCCCUACCUGUUGAUAUGGCGAGGAUGUAUUUUGCUGAGACUGUUCUAGCGUUGGAAUACCUACAUAAUUAUGGGAUUGUUCACCGUGACCUAAAACCUGACAAUCUCCUGAUAACUUCCAUGGGUCACAUUAAACUUACAGACUUUGGACUGUCUAAAAUUGGGUUAAUGAGUCUUACAACUAAUCUUUAUGAGGGACACAUUGAGAAGGAUACCAGGGAAUUUCUGGACAAGCAGGUCUGUGGGACUCCGGAAUACAUUGCACCAGAAGUGAUCCUACGACAGGGCUAUGGGAAGCCAGUGGACUGGUGGGCCAUGGGAGUCAUCCUGUAUGAGUUUCUGGUUGGCUGCGUUCCUUUCUUUGGUGACACACCCGAGGAGCUGUUUGGACAAGUGAUCAGUGAUGAAAUUGCCUGGCCAGAAGGUGAUGAUGCACUGCCACCAGAUGCCCAGGACCUCAUCUCUAAGCUCCUCCGCCAAAAUCCUCUGGAAAGAAUGGGGACAGGUAGUGCCUUUGAAGUGAAACAGCAUCGGUUCUUUAAAGAUUUGGACUGGAAUGGAUUACUUCGACAGAAAGCUGAAUUCAUCCCCCAGUUGGAGUCCGAGGAUGACACAAGCUAUUUUGACACCCGUUCUGAACGGUACCAACACCUGGAUUCAGAAGAGGAGGAGGACACUAAUGAUGAUGAUCAUGUGGAAAUUCGGCAGUUUUCCUCAUGCUCUCCAAGGUUUAGCAAGGUGUACAGCAGCAUGGAACGCCUUUCCAUCCACGAAGAGAGGAAAACACCACCGCCAACUAAACGGAGUCUGAGUGAAGAAAAGGAUGACCGGCUGGACAGCCUGGGUGGCUUGAAAAGUCGGGACCGCAGCUGGGUGAUUGGCUCUCCUGAAAUACUGCGUAAGCGCCUGUCUAUGUCCGAAUCCUCGCACACGGAGAGCGACUCCAGCCCACCCCUGACCGUCCGCCGGCGCUGCUCAGGGCUCCUCGACAUGCCCCGCUUUGCCAUCUCCACUGAGGACGAGGGAGCCAUGCUCAAAAGGCCGCAGUCAGAGGGGAUGCUGCUAUCGGCCGUGCAGUCACCGGUGCCCAUUCCGGAACAGCCUGUGGAGCACGAGAUGCAGCUGGAGGGUGAUGCUGGGCCCACCACCCCCUGCAUGGCCGCCAGCAGCACCGCAACGCUUACAGCUGGGAGCACUGCAGACUUCUCUGAUCCACGCGCUCGCAGUAAUAGCAAUGAGGGCCCAGACUUCACCACUCCAAAAGCCAUCAGCGACUUGGCAGUGCGGCGGGCACGGCACAGGUUGCUCUCUGGGGAAUCGGGCGAGAAACGCACCUCGAGACCGGUCAAUAAAGUGAUUAAAUCAGCGUCCGCCACUGCCUUGUCUCUCAUGAUUCCCUCAGAUCACCACACGUGUUCCCCAUUGGCUAGUCCAAUGUCACCUCAUUCUCUAUCCUCAAACCCAUCUUCGAGGGACUCCUCACCCAGCCGCGACUUUUCUCCUGCUAUUGCAAACCUGAAACCACCAAUCAUCAUCCAUCGGGCUGGAAAGAAAUACGGUUUCACUCUGCGUGCCAUUCGCGUCUAUAUGGGUGACAGUGAUAUCUACACUGUGCAUCACAUGGUCUGGCACGUGGAGGAAGGUGGUCCAGCGAAUGAAGCAGGGCUGCGUGAAGGGGAUCUGAUAACCCAUGUCAACGGGGAGCCGGUCCAUGGGCUGGUGCACACCGAAGUGGUGGAGCUGAUCCUGAAGAGUGGAAAUAAAGUGUCCAUCUCCACUACACCAUUUGAGAACACGUCCAUCAAAGUUGGGCCAGCUCGAAAGGCCAGCUACAAAUCCAAGAUGGCACGUAGGAACAAGAAGAGCAAAACUAAGGAUGGUCAGGAAAGUAAGAAGAAGAGUUCUCUGUUGAGGAAGAUCACUAAGCAGGCAUCUCUGCUUCACACCAGCCGUAGUUUAUCUUCGCUAAACCGCUCUCUGUCUUCUGGAGAAAGUGUGCCUGGCUCUCCAACUCACAACCUGUCGCCCCGGUCACCCACACAGAGCUAUAGAUCCACUCCCGAGUCUGUACAUUCAGUUGGUGGCAAUUCUUCCCAGAGCAGCUCUCCCAGUUCCAGCGUUCCCAAUUCUCCAGCCAGCUCCGGGCACAUCCGACCCAGUUCUCUGCAUGGACUGGCACCAAAGCUUCAAAGGCAGUACAGAUCUCCAAGGCGUAAGUCUGCAGGGAAUAUCCCUCUGUCACCACUAGCUCACACUCCAUCACCAACCCCCCAGUCCACGUCACCGCAGCGCUCCCCAUCUCCUUUACCAGGACACUCGGUUGGCAGCUCCAGUAUUAUUCAGUCUUUUCCAGUAAAACUACACUCCUCUCCACCGCUGGUGAGACAGAUUUCUCGCCCCAAAAGUGCUGAGCCCCCUCGAUCUCCUUUGCUGAAGAGAGUGCAGUCAGCUGAGAAACUAGCUGCCUCACUGUCCUCUUCCGAGAAGAAGCUGGCAUCCUCACGGAAGCACAGCUUGGAUAUCUCUCACUCUGAGUUCAAGAAGGAGAUGCUACAGAGGGAUCCGAGUCUACAGAGCUUACAGGAAUCUGCGAAUGAAACAACGGGUGGCAAACUCGGGCUAGCAGAAAAAGGGAUGUUGCAGAAGCCGGGUUCCCGAAAGUUGGGUGCAAUUCGACAGGACAGAGUGGAGAGAAGGGAGUCUCUGCAGAAGCAGGAGGCCAUAAGAGAAGUAGAUUCUUCUGAAGAUGAAACAGACGAUGGUUCAGAGGAUAGUCAGGAUGGAAGAAGACUGGACAAGCCCCCGGACAGUGGAGACCAAGGCUCCGAUUCUUAUAAUGAGGAUAAUAAGUUUUCCUCUAAAUUGGAAAGCAAGGAUAGUAUGGAAGAUGAUGCCUUUCUGCCUGAAGAUCCAAAAGGUACAGAAGAUCUGCAGAAAGGAAACAGUCAACAAGCCAAGGCUGUUUCUGAGCUGCUGCAAGUUGGUGUGCACCCUUCCCCAUCAGAGGUCCUCCCACGAACCUCUCCAGAAAACGUAGCUGGUUCAGAGAAGCCAUUCCUAAGGUCAGAAACCACUUCAAAGGAACAUAAAUUGGUAGAAAACAAAACCUUUGAGCAUUUUGGUCCAAAAGGCAAGUCUUCUGAAGCAGUCAGAGAUCUAGGGGGAGCUACUAGUACUCAAAAACCAGUGGACUGCACAGAAAGUGUAAAGUGCCCAUCUGUCAAACUCUCUGAACCCGUACAGGGUGACUCUACAGGGGCCUCGUGUGGUAAACUUGACCUGACAGUCUUGCUGUCAGAAAUCAGUCAGAAAACCCAAGAUCCCAAACCUCUGCUAGCACUUUCAUCUUGUUGCACAGCAAGCGUGAGCUCUCCUUGCUCAGUAAGCCCCGCAGAUCGUGGUGAGAAGGACCACAAGGGCACACUUCCAUCUGCAGAACAAGACAGCACCUCAUUUCUGCGUCCUGUAAGUGAAACGUCUGAAAAAAGUCCCAGCUCAUCCCAGGCGGAGAGUGCUCCAUCUGCCAGCAAAGCGAGCCAGGGCAUGGCAGCAGGCACCGUGACCUCCACGCUGCUCGUCCCCUGCGCUAUCGAGAGGGCACUCUCUGUGUCUCAGCUAGUGCCGCUGGCACAGAGUGUCUUGGGCCCCUUAAAGCUCAGUAUGGCUGGUUCUGGAGAGAUGGAAAAGAGGAAGGAUUUCCCCCAUUUGGGUGCCUCGUGUAAAGAAGAGAGAGAUGCGAAGCAAAAAAAGCAGGAAGCUUCACAAGCAGGAGUGUGCCAGGAGAAGGCCAAACCAUCCAGUGCCGGAGGUCUGACCACGAGGAGUGCAUCCUGCACAGAGUCACUAAGCUCAGCUAAACCUUGGGAGGCAGCGUGCCCCACGGUGACCAAAAAAGAGGCGACAUACUGCAGUGCUAAAGCAUCGGAAGCACCGGGAGGUAAAGUCGCCCCAGCAAAGGAGCUGCCACACGCUCUGGGACAAGCAGCUCUGAGAGCCUCUCCUCUGCCAGAUGGCAGCACCAGGCCCUGCAAAGAAGGGACUGUCACGACGGCGAGAGGCAAAGAGGUUGGAAGUCAGCUAAAAACACAAGACUUUCCCCUGUCACAUGAUGGUGCUGUAAAGAAAACAUAGCAGCAUCCCCGGUACACAUGGACUGGAGCGUUCUGCAUUCAAAAUAGAGACUGCAUGUUUGAAUUUUGUAAUAUACACUAAUACAAAAUAGAACUUGUGUACAUCUAUUUUUGGGAGGGUUUUUUUCAUACUGUUUUUUGUGUUUUUUCAUCCUUGCUAUUCUAUUUUUGUACACAGUAA